UGGGAUGAACAACUUGGCCGCAGAUUGUCAUUAGUCCUUGAUGAGUCCCAAACAUCUGCAGUACUUAGUUCUAUUUCGAUGGCACAGUGCAAUCACAAGUCUUCUAUUAAACUUAUCUGGGGUCCACCUGGGACUGGGAAAACUAAAACUCUCAGUAUCUUGUUGUAUACCCUCUUAAGUAAGAGCUGCAGAACACUUGCAUGUGCCCCAACAAAUGUUGCAGUUAAGGAAGUGGCUUUGCGCGUCCUAAAGCUUGUUAAAGAUCCUUACCACAUGGAUCCAAGACAGGAUGAGUUGUUAUGCUCACUGGGAGAUUUGCUCUUAUUUGGGAGUAGGAACCGUUUGGAAGUUUUUGAUGAUCUUGAGGAGAUUUAUUUGGAUCAUCGUGUCGACAGGCUUGUAGAAUGUUUUGCUCCACAAAACAGUUGGAAGAAGUGCUUUAAAUCCAUGAUAGAAUUUUUUGAAGGUUGUGUAGCUCAAUAUCAUUUAUUGGUGAAUGAUUCAGUUGGUGAAGCUAAAUCUAGUAUCAACAAUUAUUCUACCCCUGUGGUUCCUAGUUCAUUUAUUGGUUCAUAAAAGAUAGAUACACAGCCUUAGUUUCUCCGCUGAAAAGAUGUGUAAGUGAUUUGUGCACCCAUCUUCGUAAGAGACUUCUAUUGCUGCAUAAUUUUGAGAGCAUGGUAUGCCUAAUUAAUUUGCUCGAUUCUUUUGGUAGUCUUCUGUCUCAAAAUGAUGCAAAUGACAAAGAAGUAGAGAUGCUCUUUACACAUGGAGAAGUUAAUUCCUACCGUAAGCACGAGAGGGAAGCAUAUAUGUCUUGUACUUCUGCUACGCUGUGCAGGAUCAGAAAUGAAUGCAUUGAUGCUCUAAGAUCUCUUUUUGAGUCUCUUGCUCAUGUUCUUCCAGAUAGUAUGAAUAGAAGUUUGAUAUGGAAGUUCUGCUUUCAAUCUGCCUCGCUCCUCUUCUGCACAGCAUCUAACUCGUAUACUUUGCAUAGAGUAGAAAUGGAUCCACUGAACUUGUUGGUUAUAGAUGUAGCUGCUCAGUUACGAGAGUCUGAAUCAGCGAUACCCAUGCAACUUAAAGGCAUAAGGCAUGCUAUUCUAAUUGGUGACGAGUGUCAACUACCAGCUAUGCUCGCUAGCAAGGUUUCUGAUGAUGCUGGGUUUGGAAGAAGUCUAUUUGAAAGGUUGAGUUCAUUGGGACAUUCAAAGCACCUUCUCAACAUACAGUACAGAAUGCAUCCUAAAGUAAGUGCUUUCCCAAAUGCCAACUUUUAUUGGAACCAGAUUUUAGAUGCUCCCAAUGUCUCUGUAAAAGUUAUGAAAGACGCUAUCUUCAAGGACCUAUGUUUGGUCCAUACUCAUUUAUAAGCACUUCUGAUGGACGAGAUGAACAAGACAAUGUUGCACAUAGCAGAAGAAAUAUGGUGGAAGUAGCAAUUAUUUUGAAGAUUGUACGGAAGCUUUUUAGAGCAUGGGAUGGCGCAAGAGAGAAGCUAACUAUUGGAAUAAUAUCCCCAUAUGCUGCUCAAGUAGCUGCCAUUCAAGAGAAACUUGGGCACAGAUAUGAGCAGCUCGAAUACUUUGCUGUGAGAAUGAAGUCUAUUGAUGGCUUCCAGGGUGGUGAAGAGGAUAUCAUAAUAAUCUCUACUGUCAGAUCUAACAGUGAAGGAUCUAUUGGAUUCCUUUCUAAUCUUCAGCGAUCCAACGUUACUUUGACCAGGGCACGGCGCUGUCUUUGGAUUGUGGGUGAUGAUACAACUCUGUUUAGAAGUGGAUCUUGCUGGAACGCAUUAGUUUCUGAUGCCAAAGAACGACAUUGUUUGUUUAAUGCCAGUGAAGAUAACAAUCUAGCUAAAGCAGCAUUAAAAGCCAAGAAAGAACUUGAUCAGUUGGAUGACUUACUGAAUGGAGACAGCAUACUCUUCAAAACCGCAAAGUGGAAGGUUUUGUUUAGUGAUAACUUUAGAAAGUCAUUCGCGAGAUUGAAAUCAAUUCAGACCCAAAAAUCUGUUAUCAAUUUGUUGCUUAAGCUUUCCAAUGGCUGGAGCCCGAAGAAGGUAGACUCUAUUUGUGGAAACUCGUUGCAGCUCGUGAAACAGUUUAGGGUUGGACAACUUUAUGUUAUUUCAGCUGUCGAUAUUAUGAAGUAUUCAAGCUAUGUCCAAGUCUUGAAGAUAUGGGAUAUCUUACCGGUGGAGGAGAUGGCAAAACUUGUUAAGCGUCUUGAUAGCAUCUUUAGUAUGUACACGGACGAUUUUGUUAACCGCUGUAGAGAGAGAAAUGCUGACGGGGAUACGGAAGUGCCAGUGACCUGGGAAUCAUGUAAUGGAGUUGUUCGAUAUAAUACAACAACUGAGCCAUCUAAAGGGUUGAGUAUUACAGAAUUUGAUGGAAGAGGCUGUCUGGAAAACUCAAAAGUGAAUGAGAGUCUACUACUGAUGAAAUUCUACUCUUUAUCAUCUGGUGUUGUGAGCCAUUUGUUAUCUGGAAGUGAUGGCGGAGAACUCGAUCUUCCUUUUGAAAUGACAGAUCAGGAAUUGGAAAUAAGUCUUUUUCCAAGAAGUAGUUUUAUUCUCGGAAGAUCUGGAACCGGGAAAACUACUAUCCUAACCAUGAAAUUGUUUCAGAAGGAGCAGCAACAUUGUUUCUCUUCGGAAGGACUUUCGGAGAGUACAAGUUCUGCGGCUGCUUCUCCAAAUAAUUGGAUGAGAGAGGGUCUUGGAGAGACAAAGGGAACCGUCCUACGGCAAAUGUUUGUAACUGUCAGCCCUCAACUAUGUUCAGCUAUCAAGAAUCAGAUUUCUAAUUUGAAAAGCUUUAUCUGCGGGAAGAAAUCUUCAGUUGACAAUAAGUCAUCCGGUAUGCAUGACAUUGAUGAUACAGCUGAGCUCAGUAGCAUCCCCGAUUCUUUUAUAGACCUGCCACUUGAUUGCUACCCACUUGUAAUCACCUUUCAGAAGUUCUUACUGAUGCUUGAUGGAAGUUUGGAGAAUUCAUAUUUUGACAGAUUCAAUGAUGUAAGGGAGUUUUGUGCAGGAAAUACCGGAAUAACUAGGCCAUUUGCCUUAAAUGCUUUUAUUAGAUCAAAGGAGGUUAAUUAUGACCGGUUUAAUUCACUGUACUGGCCCCAUUUCAAUUGUCACUUGACUAGGAAACUUGACUCUUCAACUGUUUUUAUUGAGAUAAUGUCUCACAUAAAAGGUGGGCUGGUUGCUGGUAGAGUUCCUAAUGGCAAACUCAGCCGGGGAAAUUAUUUGUUGCUAUCUGAGGGACGGGUUUCCACCUUAAGCAGGGAUUUAAGAGAGAUGAUUUAUGAUAUUUUUCUUGAUUAUGAGAAGAAGAAGCUGCUGAAUGGUGAGUUUGAUUUGGCUGAUUUAGUCAUGGACCUUCAUCAACGACUAAAAAAGGGGAGUUAUCGCGGUGAUCUGAUGGAUUUUGUUUAUAUUGAUGAGGUCCAAGAUCUAACCAUGAGACAGGCUGCACUUUUUAAAUAUAUAUGCCAAAAUUUUGAGGAAGGAUUUGUUUGCUCGGGUGAUACAGCUCAAACUAUUGCUAGGGGUAAUUUGAUCGCCAUAUGUUUUUGUUCUUUUGUAUAACUAUGCAGCUAUUUAAUGAGGGUAAUUUUGAGAU